CCCGAACGCCACCACCCGACUACGUAUUGCCGUAACUAAACUUCAUCAAGAAAUGAUCGAUGGAUCAUACUGAAUCGCAUUGCGGUGAAUCGGAAAUGGCCAUAUUAUAUUUGAUGGAACGCAUGUUCUCAACUUCGGUGGCGUUGGUAUUUGAAUCCAUCUUUCGAGCAUCGCGCCGGUCACGUGCAAAAGAUGGCUACACAUGCUUCCACAAGUCACUACACGCCCGUGUACGUGGCUGAAGACCAUGGGCAGACGUUAAUAGUAAUUAGCGCUAUAUUCAUUGUCCUCGAUACGGUCUUUGUUGCACUUCGCUUUUAUGGCCAACGUAUUUCUCGGUCUCCAGCAGGACUUGACGAUUUCAUCGUCCCAUUUGCUUGGUUUACACACAUAGGACUUUGCAUUCUAGGAAUUAUUAUGGUGUAUGAUGCCGGCGUAGGACGGCAUCUCGAAUAUAUCCAGGCUACAAAUCCGCACAAGAUCGCGGCAUGGGCAAAGUCGCUAUACGCUUUAGAAUGGCUAUAUCUUCCCGCAGUUGCACUUCCUAAGAUUUCGAUUCUCCUGUUGUAUCUUAGGCUAUUCACCAAUCGAUCUUUGAGAAUAGCCUGCCAUGUCCUUAUCUGGGUCCUUGUUGCCAACUGGGUAGCCUAUUUGGUCGCCUCUAGUUUUCAGUGUGUCCCCUUCGAGUAUCAAUGGAACAAGAAGAUCCCCGGGAAAUGCUUCAACCAGCCGGCUUUUUAUAAGACCGUCAGUGCACCAAACAUCUUAACUGAUGUGUUGAUGCUUCUACUACCCCUGAAGACUGUGUUCGAUCUGAAGGUCUCGAGGCCCCGAAAAUUGGGGGUGCUCUUCAUCUUUCUUUCCGGUGGAAUGGGUAUCGUCGCAUCUUGUGUGCGGAUGGCAGCAUUCUUCCAGGUUGAUGCAUUCUCGGACAAUACAUGUAGGUGUUUCCCAAUCGUUUGGUUUUCAAUACUGACAGGAUUUGUAGGGUCUUCAGUCAAACUUGUAGGCUGGUCCAUUGUAGAACCCGGAAUGUAUUUGAUUGCUGCUUGCUCAGUCCGAUUCCGUCCGGUUAUGAUCAAGCUCGCGGAGAAAUUGCACGUGAAAAGCACAAUCAUUCACGUAUCGCAGAAGCUGUCUCGUGGCAGUAGUCACUCGAGCGACGUCAGGCUGGAAAGGGUGCCGUCUUCGUAUGCAGGUUCUAGUAGGGUCGAAAAGGGGGGCUAUGAAGACACGGUAUCUAUCCCCAGCAAAAGUUCAAUGGGGGAUGAAAGGCUACCUGUCUGAGUCGCUUCGACGCAAUUUUCCUUUACAUUUUGUUAUGAAAGUAUAG